UCGCAAAAGAAACGCGAGACAUUAUUUCUGUUUGGUGAUUAGUGAAACGAUCGAUGGAGUGGGUCAGGCGGGUUAUGGUCAGAGCUGCGCCGGCGGGUGAGAGGACCUUAGUUCUGGUGUUGACGGUUGAGUGAACGAUGAGUUCGAAGCGGAGUCGGGACCGGAGCCGGAGCCGGAGCCACAGCCACAGCCACCACAAGAGGAAGGAGAAGCGGCGCCGCUCCCGGUCAGCUUCCCGGGACGGGAGAUGGAGGAGGGAGGGCAGCCGGAACCGGAGCCCGUCUCCCAAAGGCGACCGACGGUUGAAAUCGCGCUCCUCCCCCGCCCGAUCCCGGAGCCGGUCUCGUUCACCGCCGCCUUCUCCCCGUUCGACCUCCUCUUCCUCUUCCUCUUCCCCUUCCCCCUCCCGCAGCCCGAGCAGUGUCAGCCGCUUGCUGAGCCUCCAGGAGAAGCUGAGGCAGAAAGCCGAGAAGAAGCAGCAGCGAGAACUGGCCAAGGCCAUCGAGACUCCGGAGGAGAAGCGGGCCCGCCGCCUGGCUAGGAAAGAGGCCAAAGAAAGGAAGAAGAGGGAGAAAAUGGGCUGGAGCGAGGAGUACAUGGGCUACACGAACGCUGACAAUCCAUUCGGAGACAACAAUCUGCUCGGCACCUUUAUCUGGCAUAAGGCUUUGGAAAAGAAAGGAAUUAGUCACCUGGCUGAGAAGGAUUUAAAGGACAGAAACAAGCAAAUUCAAGAGGACAACCGCUUGGAAUUGCAAAAGGUGAAACAACUGCGUCUGGAACGAGAGCGGGAAAAGUGCCUACGGGAACAGGAGCUGGAGAUGUUACAGCGUGAGAAGGAAGCUGAGCACUUUAAGACCUGGGCAGAACAAGAGGAUUAUUUCCAUUUACAGCAAGCUAAAUUGAGGUCAAAGAUUCGUAUUUUAGGAGGCAGAGCCAAGCCAAUUGACCUUCUUGCAAAAUACAUCAGUGCAGAAGAUGAUGAUCUAGCUGUAGAAAUGCACGAACCUUACACGUUUCUAAAUGGGCUGACUGCAUCAGACUUGGAAGAUCUUCUCGAAGAUAUAAGGGUUUAUAUGGAGUUGGAGCAGGGAAAGAAUGCUGACUUUUGGAGAGAUAUGACAACUAUAACUGAGGAUGAAAUAAGUAACCUGAAAAAGCUUGAAGCUUCUGGAAAAGGACCAGGAGAGAGGAGAGAAGGAAUUAACACUUCAGUGAGUACUGAUGUCCAGUCGGUAUUUAAAGGGAAAACUUACAACCAGCUUCAAGCAUUGUACCUGAACAUUGAGGCAAAGAUCAAAACUGGUGGUUCAAAUUUGGACAUUGGCUAUUGGGAAUCUUUAUUACAACAACUCAAGGCAUAUAUGGCCAGAGCCAGACUACGUGAAAGGCAUCAGGAUGUAUUGCGUCAGAAGCUUUACAAACUGAAGCAAGAGCAGGGAGUGGAAAGUGAACCCUUGUUUCCCAUUCUAAAGAAAGAAUCAGAAUCUUCGGAGGAAAAAAUGGAUGAAACUGGCCGAAAUGAAUUACAUCAGAAUAUUUGCAUGCUGAAGCAAAAUCAAGAAAUUGAAAGUGAGCCAUUCUUUUUAAUUCCAAGUAAAGAGCCUCCAUUUCCCAAGAACAGGUCAGGUGAAGACGAGGAAGCACCAGGCACCUCUGCCUCAGGCACUUCAGAAACGAAUGAAGAUGAUGAGAAUGCAGAACCAGAAGCUGAAGGAGAGGCGGUGCUUACUGAGGAGGACCUAAUCCAGCAAAGCUUGGACGAUUAUGAUGCUGGCAAAUACAGUCCUAGGUUAUUCAGCCCUCAUGAACUACCUAUGGACACCCACAUAGUAGAUGCUGAAGAAGAUCUGCAAAAAUUAAUGAUGGCAAGACAGCAGUUGCAAGUGACAGGUGACGCCAGUGAGAGCGCUGAAGAUGCCUUUGUACGCAAAGCCAAGGAGGGGAUGGGAACUGAUGAAGCUCAGUUCAGUGUGGAGAUGCCCUUAACUGGCAAAGUCUAUCUUUGGGCUGACAAAUAUCGUCCAAGGAAACCCCGCUUUUUCAAUCGUGUUCAUACUGGCUUUGAAUGGAACAAAUACAAUCAAACACAUUAUGAUUUUGACAAUCCUCCUCCAAAGAUAGUCCAGGGUUACAAAUUCAACAUAUUUUAUCCAGAUCUUAUUGACAAAAGGGCAACCCCACAUUAUUUCCUUGAGCCAUGUGUGGACAACAAAGACUUUGCAAUUCUACGCUUCCAUGCAGGCCCUCCAUAUGAAGAUAUUGCUUUUAAAAUUGUGAACCGUGAAUGGGAGUACUCUCACAGGCAUGGUUUUAGGUGUCAGUUUGCUAAUGGAAUAUUUCAACUAUGGUUUCACUUCAAAAGAUAUCGUUACAGAAGGUAAUAGCACCAGUGUCAAAGGAUGUGACAGUUUAUUGUGUUUUGGUUGCACCCUUUUCCUGAGAUUGCAACGCACAUUGACAGAAGACUUUAAAAUGCUACUUCCAAACAAGACACUUUGUUUUUCCACAGUAAUGUGAGAUUUUAACCCUGUCUUUACUGUUGUUUUUCUAGUAAGCUUCUGGUCAAGGAAAUACAAGCUUAUUAUAAAUUCAUAACUGUCCAGCUGUGAGAACUAAAUCUCUUAAAAUGCCUGCAUCUUUUGACAUAUAUUUGUGUUGUUGCUUUGAUCUCCUUUUUGCAAGAACUUGGCAGUUUUUCAUUUUUUAAAUACAGUUUUUUUCAGAAGCAAUAUAAAAGUUGGGUAGGCUAUUUAAUCCCUCAAGCUUAUUCCACCAUUUAUGAAUCAUGGUUUAUAUGCAGUCAAGUUUUAUAUGCAGUCAAGCUUCAUGUGCCUGCCUAUGUUCCCUAUCCCUUCAUAUAUGUGGCUAUCCAAAAUCUAUUAAACUGAGCUUGAAAGCUAACAA